GUCCCCAGGGAGACAGGAAGCAGCAGCGUGGCUGAGCCCUAGCAGGAGGGAACAUCUGAAGCCAGGUUGUUCCAAUCUGACCACCAGAGGGGACUUCAUUAUUUUCAUGUUGAAUAUUCAGACAAGGGUGCCAUGGAUGUGAAAGAAAGGAAACCGUAUCGAUCCCUGACUCGGCGCCGCGACACCGAGCGCCGCUACACGAGCUCCUCAGCUGAGAGUGAGGACAGCAAGGUGCCCCAAAAAUCCUACAGCUCCAGUGAGACCCUGAAAGCUUAUGAUCAAGACUCCAGGUUAACCUACAGCAAUCGGGUCAAAGACAUGGUGCACCAGGAGGCUGAUGAGUUCUGCCGAGCAGGAGCCAACUUCUCCUUGCGAGAGCUGGGGCUUGAAGACGUGACACCCACUCAUGGGACUUUGUACCGGACUGACCUUGGGCUGCCUCACUGUGGCUACUCCAUCAGCGCCGGCUCAGAUGCUGACACGGAGGCAGAUGUGGUCAUGUCACCUGAGCACCCCGUGAGGCUCUGGGGACGCAGCACCAAGUCUGGACGCAGCUCCUGCCUCUCGAGCCGGGCCAACUCCAACCUCACCCUCACUGACACGGAGCAUGAGAACACUGAAACUGACCAUCCUCCAAAUCUUCAAAAUCAUUCAAGACUUAGAACUCCACCACCUCCGAUAUCCCACGCUCACACCCCAAACCAGCACCACGCGGCCUCCAUCAAUUCCUUAAACAGAGGGAACUUCACUCCACGCAGCAACCCCAGUCCAGCUCCUACAGACCACUCUCUUUCUGGAGAACAACCAGCCAGCACUCAAGAGCCAGCCCAUGCUCAGGACAACUGGUUACUUAACAGUAACAUCCCACUGGAGACUAGAAACAUAGCAAAGCAGACAUUCCUAGAGACAUUGCAGGACAACCUCAUUGAGAUGGACAUUCUCACCUCCUCCCGACAUGACGGUGCUUACAAUGAUGGGCACUUCCUGUUCAAACCUGGAGGCACUUCUCCCCUUUUUUGUACAACGUCGCCGGGAUAUCCCUUGACGUCCAGCACUGUGUACUCACCUCCCCCUAGGCCCCUUCCCAGAAGUACCUUCUCUAGGCCUGCCUUUAACCUGAAGAAACCUUACAAGUACUGUAACUGGAAAUGUGCUGCCCUGAGUGCCAUUGUCAUCUCGGUCACGCUGGUGAUCCUGCUGGCGUAUUUCAUAGCCAUGCACCUGUUUGGCCUAAACUGGCACCUGCAGCCGAUGGAAGGGCAGAUGUAUGAAAUCACGGAAGACACAGCCAGCAGUUGGCCAGUGCCAACGGACGUCUCCUUAUAUCCUUCUGGGGGCACAGGGUUAGAGUUACCUGACAGGAAAGGCAAAGGAACCAGUGAAGGAAAGCCCAGUAGUUUCUUUCCAGACGACAGUUUUAUAGACUCUGGAGAAAUUGAUGUUGGCAGAAGAGCCACACAGAAGAUCCCUCCUGGUAUCUUUUGGAGAUCUCAGGUGUUCAUUGACCACCCUGUGCAUCUGAAGUUCAAUGUGUCUUUAGGAAAAGCUGCUCUGGUUGGCAUCUAUGGCAGAAAAGGCCUCCCACCAUCACAUACACAGUUUGACUUUGUUGAACUUCUGGAUGGAAGACGUCUGCUGACACAGGAGGCAAGAAGCUUAGAAGGACCUCAGAGGCAACACAGAGCUUUUGUGCCCUUGUCCAGCCAUGAGACAGGGUUUAUCCAGUAUUUGGAUUCAGGAAUAUGGCAUUUAGCCUUCUACAAUGAUGGCAAGGAGUCAGAAGUGGUUUCUUUUCUUACUACUGCUAUUGAAUCAGUGGAUAACUGUCCCAGUAAUUGCUAUGGGAAUGGAGACUGUGUGUCUGGGACUUGCCAUUGCUUCCUUGGCUUUCUGGGGCCUGACUGUGGCAGAGCAUCCUGCCCAGUGCUGUGCAGUGGGAAUGGGCAGUACAUGAAGGGGAGGUGCUUGUGCCACAGUGGCUGGAAAGGAGCAGAAUGUGAUGUCCCAACCAACCAGUGCAUUGAUGUCUCCUGCAAUAACCAUGGCACCUGCAUCAUGGGGACUUGUAUCUGCAACCCAGGAUACAAAGGGGAGAGCUGUGAAGAAGUGGACUGCAUGGAUCCUACCUGCUCAGGACGAGGCGUGUGUGUGCGAGGAGAAUGUCACUGUUCUGUUGGCUGGGGAGGAACAAAUUGUGAGACCCCAAGAGCCACUUGUCUGGACCAAUGCUCUGGUCAUGGAACCUUCCUCCCAGACACUGGACUCUGCAGCUGUGAUCCCAACUGGACCGGCCAUGAUUGCUCAAUCGAGAUUUGUGCAGCAGACUGCGGAGGACACGGCGUUUGUGUUGGGGGCACCUGCCGCUGCGAGGAGGGCUGGAUGGGCACAGCCUGUGAUCAGAGAGCGUGUCACCCACGCUGCAAUGAGCACGGGACAUGUCGGGAUGGCAAGUGUGAAUGCAGCCCAGGCUGGAAUGGAGAGCACUGCACUAUUGAGGGAUGUCCUGGCUUGUGUAAUGGCAACGGCAGAUGCACACUGGACAUGAACGGGUGGCACUGUGUCUGCCAGCUGGGCUGGAGAGGAGCAGGAUGUGACACUUCCAUGGAGACAGCGUGUGGGGACGGGAAAGACAACGAUGGAGAUGGCCUGGUGGAUUGCAUGGACCCAGACUGCUGCUUGCAGCCACUGUGCCACGUGAAUGCCCUGUGCCUGGGCUCCCCAGACCCCCUGGAUAUCAUCCAGGAGACACAAGCCCCUGUCUCCCAGCAGAGUUUGCAUUCAUUCUACGAUCGGAUCAAGUUCCUGAUUGGCAAGGACAGCACUCAUGUCAUCCCAGGAGACAAUCCCUUUGAAGGAGGACACGCAUGUGUGAUUCGAGGCCAGGUGAUGACAGCAGAUGGAACCCCUCUAGUUGGAGUGAACAUCAGCUUUGUCAACAAUCCUCUUUUUGGAUACACAAUCAGCAGACAAGAUGGCAGCUUUGAUCUUGUUACCAUUGGUGGCAUCUCCAUUAUCCUGCACUUUGAGCGAGCUCCCUUCAUCACCCAGGAGCACACACUGUGGCUGCCAUGGGAUCGUUUCUUUGUGAUGGAAACCAUAGUCAUGAGGCAUGAAGAGAAUGAGAUCCCAAGCUGUGACCUCAGUAACUUUGCCCGCCCCAACCCUGUGGUUUCUCCAUCUCCUCUGACAGCUUUUGCAAGUUCUUGCUCGGAGAAAGGUCCCAUUGUUCCUGAAAUCCAGGCUCUGCAGGAGGAGAUUAACGUUUCUGGUAGUAAAAUAAAAGUGAGUUACCUGAGCAGUCGCACAGCUGGCUACAAAUCAGUCCUGAGGAUCAGCAUGACCCAUCCCACCAUUCCCUUCAACCUCAUGAAAGUUCACCUCAUGGUGGCUGUCGAGGGAAGGCUCUUCAGGAAGUGGUUUGCAGCUGCUCCAGACCUCUCCUAUUAUUUCAUCUGGGAUAAGACAGAUGUCUACAGCCAGAAGGUCUAUGGGCUCUCAGAAGCCUUUGUUUCUGUAGGUUAUGAGUAUGAAUCCUGUCCUGACCUGAUCCUGUGGGAGAAGAGGACAGCUGUGCUUCAGGGUUAUGAAAUUGAUGCAUCAAAACUUGGAGGGUGGUCCCUGGACAAGCAUCAUGCCCUCAACAUACAAAGUGGCAUCUUGCAUAAAGGAAAUGGGGAAAACCAGUUUAUUUCCCAGCAGCCACCUGUGAUUGGAAGCAUUAUGGGCAAUGGCCGCAGGCGAAGCAUUUCUUGUCCAAGCUGCAAUGGUCUUGCAGAUGGGAACAAACUCCUGGCUCCUGUUGCCCUCACAUGUGGGUCUGAUGGAAGUCUUUACGUUGGAGAUUUCAACUAUAUCCGAAGGAUCUUCCCCUCUGGAAAUGUCACCAACAUCCUGGAGCUAAGCCACAGCCCAGCUCAUAAGUAUUACUUGACCACAGAUCCCAUCACUGGCUCCAUCUACCUCUCCGACACCAACAGCCGACGGAUCUAUAAAAUCAAGUCAACCACAUCAGUGAAAGAUAUUGUGAAGAAUUCAGAGGUUUUGGCUGGAACUGGGGAUCAGUGCCUCCCAUUCGAUGACACUCGCUGUGGAGAUGGAGGCAAAGGCACCGAUGCCACCCUUACAAAUCCCAGGGGAAUCACUGUAGACAAGUUUGGGCUGAUUUAUUUUGUGGAUGGCACUAUGAUCAGGAGGAUUGAUCAGAAUGGGAUCAUCUCAACUGUGUUGGGUUCCAAUGACUUGACAUCUGCUCGGCCUCUCAGCUGUGACUCUGUCAUGGACAUUUCUCAGGUUCGUCUGGAAUGGCCCACGGACCUGGCAGUCAACCCGAUGGACAACUCACUCUACGUCCUCGACAAUAACGUUGUGCUCCAGAUAUCUGAGAACCACCAAGUCCGCAUCGUGGCCGGGAGGCCCAUGCACUGCCAGGUGCCAGGCAUGGAUCAUUUUCUCCUCAGCAAGGUGGCAAUCCAUGCCACCCUGGAGUCUGCUACUGCCCUGGCUGUCUCACACAACGGUGUCCUCUACAUUGCUGAGACUGAUGAGAAGAAGAUCAACCGCAUCCGGCAGGUCACCACCAAUGGAGAGAUUUCUCUGGUUGCUGGUGCACCGAGCAGCUGUGACUGCAAGAAUGAUGCUAACUGUGACUGCUUCUCAGGGGAUGAUGGCUACGCCAAGGAUGCCAAACUCAACGCCCCAUCCUCUCUUGCAGUGUGUGCAGAUGGGGAACUGUACGUUGCCGAUCUUGGAAAUAUCCGAAUCCGCUUUAUUCGGAAAAACAAACCCUUCCUCAACACGCAAAAUCUGUAUGAGUUGUCCUCACCCAUAGACCAGGAGCUCUACUUGUUUGACACCAGUGGUAAACACCUUUACACUCAGAGCCUCACCACUGGAGAUUAUCUUUACAAUUUUACUUAUUCCGGUGACGGGGAUAUAACCCUGAUCACUGACAAUAAUGGCAACUUAGUCAAUAUCCGAAGAGAUUCCACGGGGAUGCCCCUCUGGCUGGUAGUGCCUGAUGGCCAAGUCUACUGGGUGACCAUUGGUACCAACAGUGCACUCAAGAGUGUAACAACACAGGGGCAUGAAGUGGCCAUGAUGACAUACCAUGGCAACUCAGGUCUCCUUGCCACCAAAAGCAAUGAAAAUGGUUGGACAAUGUUUUAUGAGUAUGACAGUUUUGGUCGCCUGACCAACGUGACCUUCCCGACUGGGCAAGUGAACAGCUUCCGCAGUGACACUGACAGCUCUGUCCACGUCCAGGUGGAAACCUCCAGCAAGGAUGAUGUUACUAUAACAACCAACUUGUCAGCAUCAGGAGCCUUCUACACACUGCUCCAAGAUCAAGUCCGAAACAGCUACUACAUCGGUGCUGAUGGCUCUCUCAGGCUGAUGCUGGCUAAUGGCAUGGAGGUGGCCCUGCAAACUGAGCCACAUCUGCUGGCUGGCACUGUGAACCCCACGGUGGGGAAGAGAAAUGUCACCCUGCCCAUUGACAAUGGCCUCAAUCUCGUGGAAUGGAGGCAGAGGAAGGAGCAGGCCAGGGGCCAGGUCACCGUCUUUGGACGUCGGCUGAGGGUUCACAACAGGAACCUGCUGUCCCUUGACUUCGAUCGGGUGACAAGGACAGAAAAAAUCUACGAUGACCACCGCAAGUUCACCCUCCGGAUCCUCUAUGACCAGGCAGGGAGACCCAGUCUCUGGUCACCCAGCAGCAGACUGAACGGGGUCAAUGUCACCUAUUCCCCAGGAGGACACAUUGCAGGGAUUCAGAGGGGAACAAUGUCAGAAAGGAUGGAGUACGAUCAGUCCGGCAGAAUAACAUCCAGGAUCUUUGCUGAUGGCAAAUCAUGGAGCUACACUUACUUGGAGAAGUCCAUGGUACUGCUCCUUCACAGCCAGAGACAGUACAUCUUUGAGUUUGAUAAGAAUGACAGAUUGUCAUCAGUCACCAUGCCCAAUGUUGCCCGCCAGACUUUGGAAACCAUUCGUUCCAUCGGGUACUACAGGAACAUCUAUCGGCCACCAGAAGGCAACGCCUCAGUAAUCCAGGAUUUCACAGAGGACGAGCAGCUCCUCCACACUUUGUACUUGGGGACAGGGAGACGUGUCAUCUACAAGUAUGGAAAGUUGUCCAAGUUGGCCGAGAUGCUCUACGACACCACGAAGAUCAGUUUCACCUACGAUGAAACGGCCGGCAUGCUGAAGACAAUCAACUUGCAGAAUGAAGGCUUCACAUGUACCAUAAGGUACAGACAGAUAGGACCCCUCAUUGACAGACAGAUUUUUCGCUUCACCGAGGAAGGGAUGGUGAAUGCACGUUUUGAUUAUAAUUAUGACAACAGCUUUCGGGUGACCAGCAUGCAAGCGGUCAUCAACGAGACACCUCUACCCAUUGAUCUCUACAGGUACGAUGAUGUGUCAGGCAAAACUGAGCAAUUUGGUAAAUUCGGAGUCAUUUACUACGAUAUCAACCAGAUUAUCACCACUGCUGUCAUGACUCACACUAAACAUUUUGAUGCCUACGGGAGGAUGAAGGAGGUCCAGUACGAGAUAUUCCGGUCGCUGAUGUACUGGAUGACUGUGCAGUAUGACAACAUGGGGAGGGUGGUGAAGAAAGAGCUGAAGGUUGGUCCUUAUGCAAACACCACUAGGUACUCCUAUGAGUAUGAUGCUGAUGGCCAGCUGCAGACAGUGUCUAUCAAUGACAAACCCCUCUGGCGUUACAGCUACGACCUAAAUGGAAACCUCCAUUUGUUGAGUCCAGGGAACAGUGCCCGCCUUACACCACUCAGGUAUGACCUCAGGGAUAGGAUCACUAGACUGGGGGAUGUGCAGUACAAAAUGGAUGAAGAUGGCUUCCUGAAGCAAAGAGGCAAUGAUAUUUUUGAGUACAGCUCAGCUGGCCUGCUCAUCAAAGCCUACAAUAAAGCUAGUGGGUGGAGUGUGAAAUAUCGCUAUGAUGGCCUAGGAAGGAGAGUCUCCAGCAAAACCAGCCAUGGCCAUCAUUUGCAGUUCUUCUAUGCAGACCUGACCAACCCAACGAAGGUCACCCAUUUAUACAACCACUCAAGCUCUGAGAUCACCUCCCUCUACUAUGACCUCCAAGGCCACCUCUUUGCAAUGGAGCUCAGCAGUGGUGAUGAGUUCUACAUUGCCUGUGAUAACAUUGGCACUCCUUUGGCUGUCUUCAGUGGGACUGGCUUAAUGAUUAAGCAGAUACUGUACACAGCAUAUGGGGAGAUCUACAUGGACACCAAUCCCAACUUCCAGAUCAUCAUUGGCUACCAUGGGGGACUGUAUGACCCCCUCACAAAGCUUAUCCACAUGGGACGGAGAGACUAUGAUGUGCUGGCCGGUCGGUGGACGAGUCCAGACCACGAUAUGUGGAAGCAUCUUAGUAGCAAUAACAUAAUGCCUUUCAACCUGUAUAUGUUCAAAAACAACAAUCCCAUUAGCAACUCUCAGGAUAUCAAAUGUUACAUGACAGAUGUCAACAGCUGGCUGCUGACCUUCGGGUUCCAGCUACACAACGUCAUCCCUGGCUACCCCAAGCCAGACAUGGAUGCCAUGGAGCCAUCCUAUGAGCUGAUCCACACGCAGAUGAAAACACAAGAAUGGGACAAUAGCAAGUCAAUUUUGGGGGUCCAAUGUGAAGUACAGAAGCAGCUGAAGGCCUUUGUCACCCUUGAACGCUUUGAACGCAUCUACAGCUCCAGUAUCGCCGGGUGCCGGCAGGAGAAGAAGAACAAAAACUUUGCCUCUGGAGGCUCCAUCUUUGGCAAAGGCGUCAAGUUCGCCAUGAAGGACGGGCAUGUGACCACCGACAUCAUCAGCGUGGCCAACGAGGACGGCCGGAGAAUCGCAGCCAUCCUCAACAACGCCCAUUACCUGGAAAACUUGCACUUCACCAUCGACGGGGUGGACACUCACUAUUUCAUCAAACAAGGGCCGUCGGAGGGUGACCUGUCUAUCUUGGGCCUCAGCGGGGGGAGGAGGACCCUGGAGAACGGCGUGAACGUGACGGUGUCCCAGAUCAACACAGUGCUGAGCGGAAGGACUAGACGUUACACCGACAUCCAGCUCCAGUACGGCGCGCUCUGUCUGAACACUCGCUACGGGACCACUUUGGAUGAGGAGAAAGCCCGUGUCCUGGAGCUGGCCAGACAGCGAGCUGUCACCCAAGCUUGGUCCCGGGAACAGCAGAGACUUCGGGAUGGGGAGGAGGGUAUUCGCUCAUGGACAGAAGGGGAGAAGCAACAAGUGCUAAACACGGGCCGGGUACAGGGCUACGACGGAUAUUUUGUCAUCUCAGUGGAGCAGUACCCUGAACUCUCAGACAGCGCCAACAACAUCCACUUCAUGAGACAGAGUGAAAUGGGCAGAAGGUGACAGAGAGGGUCGGUGCGGUGACUUCUUGCCAAAGACAGCUACUCUUUUGUGGCCACUUACCUGACUGUGUUGUACUCAAUCCUUUUUCUAAACCGAACAAGGCGGGGGGGGAGGAAAAUAGAAAGAGAAGGAAUAAUACAGUUGCACUGUAACUCAUGCAACAUACUAUUUUUUUUUCUCCUCUUUAAUUUGGCCUUCACGUGGUUUUUUUUUUGCAAUGAACAGAAGAUAUAUUUUGCUGAAGUGUGAUCACAGUGGAAUUUCCUGUCUUUCGUCCUUUUUUUUUUUUUUUUUUUUUUUUGGGUUUUCCCCUCCCCCCUUUGUGAGGAAUUUGAAGUGCGGAGUCAUCAACGUAUGUCCUUAGGUGUUGAAGUGAGAAAUGGGUGUCUGUGCUAACUUGUGUCAUCCUAACCCCUUCUGAUUUUGGGGCAGGGACAGAGAGCCUUCCUCCCAAAACAUGGGGAGCUCACGGCGUGCCAGAGGGCUCUUCCCAAGAAAAAAGGAGAUGGAAGACAACGCUGAUUCCAACGCUCCAAAAAGUGACCGUCCAAAUCAUGUGCCUCAAAAGAGACUUUACAAGUAGUUUUCAUGUUUCACUUGGGACAUGAAGUGUUUUUUGGGGGGCUCCUGCUGAGCGGAAGUAGAUUAUAGAGGCAAAGGAGCUGAUUAUAUUAACUUGCAAGAUGAUUUUCUUCCUUCCUGAACUGGAAUAAAAAAAGAAAAAAAUUCAGUCUUUUUUCAUUAUGAGAGUAGAUAAUUUGGUUUCGGUUUUUUGUUUUUUUGGUUGUUGGUUUGUUGGUUUGUUUUUUUUUUUUCUGCGUGCGCAAAUCCUGGUUUUAGUUAAAAAAAGAAAAAAAGAAAAUAGCAAAAGCCAAGAAAGGGACUCCUGCUCUAUUGAGAAAAGCUAAAAUAAAUCCUCUCUCAUAUGUAGAGCUGUUCUAUAGGUGGAUUUAAUGCACCCAUGUUGUACAUUUGCUAAUGGCAUAACUUCAUUAAAUGUAUAGUGUUUCAGUACACGAGGCUACGUGUUUAACAGUCCACUGUGCUGUAUCUGAUAAAAACAGUUAAUUUUUUAGGAAACUGAUUUGAAUUUAAAAGUAGUUCUAGUAUCCCAGUGACAUACCACUGAAAAUUAGAGCAAGCCAAACCUUGCUUUUCCUGAUUCUGGAGCUUGUAUUUAUUGGCUGGGAAACACAGUUUUGAGUAGCAUGCUGGCAAGUCGUUUAUGACUAUGGCAGAUAAAUGUCUCCUGGGGACUUUGGCAGCAGGGAUUUUAAAAUGUUUAAUAAGUAGCAACAGCUUGUGCGUGGUGGGAUGAGAAGGAGAAUAUUGGAAUCAACCCCUCUGCCUGUUUCUUACAUGAGCUCGAAUUAAACAGUGAGCCCAGUUGACUGUUAGCAGUGAAGAAAGGGGAGGUUGAAUGGACAUGCCCACUACAGAGGGGAUCAAGUGCUUUAAUAAGAAACUGCUGACAAAGUUACUCAGCAUGCUAAUGUAAUUUGUAUUCACAUAACCUCUGUGCUCUGGUAUUUGCAAGAGUCCUUGAAAUUCAAGGGAGCAAGGAGAUGAGCUUCUUAGCAUCCUCUUCCCUGCCUGAAACAGCCCUGUGCUAGGACAGGCCCCUCCUGCAGGCAGAGGUCUCACCCCACUUCUUGUUGGAGCUCCAGAUGGAGAUGGCCAACCCUGGUCCCAAACAGAUGUCUCUCUCACACUGACACCUGCACCUAUCCUGACUCUUUAGCUCUCACUGUGUGUUUCCCUGAGAACAUCUCAGUCCUGAGAUGUUGUUGUUUUGUGAGGGGUUUUUUUUGUGCCAUCCCCUUCAGUUUUUUCUUCCUGAUUCUGUAGAGAGAUAACCCAAGACCUACAAAUCCACGCCAAGGCUGUUUCCUUACUUGGAGCCCUCCAACCCAGAGCCAGCCCUCCUGCACUUGUACCACCACCACUGACAUCCUCCAACACAGCCUAAUACUUAUUCCCAAGGCUCCAGCCCCCAGGAUAAAGCAGGGGUGUGUUGGCCAUGCACACCUCGAGCAGCAAAAUGUUGGCAGCCCCAGUGCCAUCCCCACAGAUGCUGGCUGUCAGCUCCUGCUGCCUUUCCUGCCUGUUCCUGAGUGCUUGCCAGGAGGAAGUUGAUGGGAUGGAAAUUCCCCUAACAGACUGUUCCUCCUUCAGUUCCCAGUCCCUGAUACCUUUGGCUUGGGCCCUGAUACCUUGGGCCAGAGCCCCAGGGCUGACCCAUGUUGGGGCCACCCACUGGUAUGGUCUUGAUUUUCUGGUGGACCCUCCUGCUUGCAGCAAGGUUGGUGUUGCUGGUGCUCCUAACCAGUGCUGUUCUUUGAACCACCCCUUGCAGCACAAAACCUCUAUUACUUUGGCAGGAAAAAAAUUGCAGGUACCUGGACUAGAAAGGAUAUAGAGCUGCAGAAGAGCCAGCUGAGAGGAGACAGUGGCUGGGCCAGCUCUAGGCUUCAGCCAGGGAUCAGUUCCUUCAGGCAGCUGUCUGCUAGAGAUGGUUAAAAGGCCAUGGCAUUACUACCUGCAUUGAUGCUAUCAAACUCUUGACAAGCCUGACUUGCCCUGAGGAUGCAUUGGUGGGGAUUAGAGGCAGCAUUAGCCAUACCUGAAGUUGCCACCUACUGAAAGGCAGCAGCACCCUCUGCCCAGGGCUACCCAGCUCCCUGUUUGCCCCUCCCCACAUCAAAUCAAAGACAAAUCCCUCUCAUCACCUCAACCUUGUGAUGACUUUUAGUGUCUAAACCAACACACAUGGAGCAAAAAGAAAAAAAAAAAAAAAAAAGACCUGCAGGAAGCUGAGACAAAAUGCAUGAACCCUGGGUGAAGACCUGCAGUGCAGAGCUUGAUGUGCAUCCCAUUUACACUGCAUCCCUCCGAGCAGCUCUGAAGAGAAGUGAUGCUCCUGUAACCAUCCCUGUCCAUGCGUUAUGAUGCUAAGAGGAGUAGUGCAAGAGUACGUGGGCGACCUUUCCACGCAGCCAAGGAAAGGGAUUUGAGUGUGAAAUAUUCCUACUGGAACCCUGCCAGCCUGACAUGGCACCUUGACAGCC